CUGAAAAUUUGAACCAGUUUGUUAGUUGAAAAAUUUUCGAUAUCUUCAUUUUCCGCGGAGUUAGGACGCUUCAAAGUUUGGAGGGGGAGAGAGUGUGGGGCAGAGGGAGAGCGCAGAGAGGCACACACCCUGCGUCUCUCCCCUUCCACACUGUCUCGCCUCAAAACUUCGGCCACGCGUAACUUCUUAACGGUUAGAGAUACUGAAAAAUUUCCAACUAGAGCAAUGUUCAGCACAACAUUUUGCGUACAGAGAGGCAGCAUUUAUUUGAAAAUUAUAAAAUUGAAGAAACUUUUUAGAUUUUCUUGUCAAUUGUUCAAAAUUUUGAUACAAAAUUCUGAAAGAUCAUCACAUAACAAUCAUUUUUGUCUUUUAUAGUUCCUCGAUAUCUUCAUUUUCCGCGGAGAUAUGAAGGUUCAAAGUUUGGAGGGUGAGAGAGUAUGGUGGAGGGGGAGAGCGCAGAAAGGCUCGCGCACCCUGCGUCUUACCCCCCUCCACACUCUCUCACCUCAAAACUUUGAGCGCGCAUAACUUUUUAACGGUUAGAGAUACUGAAAAAUUUCCAACUGGAGCAAUGUUCAGCACAACAUUUUGCGUACAGAGGGGCAGCAUUUAUUUGAAAUAUUUCAAAUUGAAUAAAAUUUUCAGACUUUUUUUCAAUUUUUCAAAAUUUUGAUGCAAAAUUCUGAAAGAACAUCACAUAACAAUCAUUUUUGUCUUUUAUAGUUUCUCGAUAUCUUCAUUUUCCGCGGAGAUAUGAAGGUUCAAAGUUUGGAGGGUGAGAGAGUAUGGUGGAGAGGGAGAGCGCAGAGAGGCACACACCCUGCGUCUCUCCGCCACCCACACUGUCUCGCUUCAAAACUUCGAACGCGCAUAACUUCUUAACGGUCAGAGAUAUCGAAAAAAUUCGUAAAAGAAAAAUGUUUAGCGCAACAUUUUGCGUUCAUUAAGAAAACUUUUCACAAAAAGAAUUCAAAUAUUUAGACAAUUUUAGGGGACAAAUGUUUUUGUCAGGUCAAAAUGUUAAUUUGAUCAAGCCUUUGUGAUUAUAACAACGUUUUCCGACCAAAAAAAAAGUGUAGAAUUCACCGAAUUUCUCCAGUUUUUCGGGGUAAAGUGUAAAAUUUUGGACCAGAAUUGUCUUGUUUUAAUGAUCAUCGCCGAUCAUCGAAACAGAUUCGGCAUAUUGAUAAAAAUGACGUCACCUUGAAAAUUGUAUAGUAUAAAAUGCGUUGAUUUUCUUAUAAACUUCAAUUAUUUUUCUACACUUUUCGAGAUAUUUUUCAACCAAAUUUUAUCGAUAUCUUCUUUUCCCAGAUUUUUUUUUCAAUAUGCAAUCACUAAUUGCGCUUCUCCUGCUAUUAGUGUGCUUCUUACACUUGGCACAGUGCCAAUGGGGUGGUGGAUGGAAUAAUGGAGGUGGAUAUGGUAACCCGUAUGGGGGUUAUGGCAGAGGUGGAGGAUAUGGUGGCGGAUAUGGAGGUGGUUUUGGAGCACAGCAAGCCUAUAAUGUGCAGAAUGCAGCUAGAAUUGGAACAGAAGUUGCAGAAGGUGUCUUGGUAGCUGAGGAAGUGUCUGAGGCGAUUGGAAAAUAAUUUUAACUACAUGUUUUCUGUAUAAAAUUGUUUUUUUUUUUGAAAUUAAAAAAAUAAAUAACUUCAUCUUAUA